GGAAAUCAGCAACUUGAUUAUACACCUUCAUGGCCAAACACGCAUAACCCGAGUGGCCGCGAUGGUGAUGUCGCCUGAUGUUCCUUGCCGCAGCCGAGCAGUAGCCGGGCCCAUUGUAAUACCAUAGAGGUCAAAGUGCAUCCCACGCUGGGACUAAAGGUGGCGCUUGUCAAAUCGCAUACAUAUAUUCCAUACAUAAUACAUGAUGGGUCAAACUGAUUCGUUCUACCCGUUCGCCCCAGCGACCCUUCAGGGCCUUCACCAUGUCUGGAACUAUAGCUCUCCAACAACGACUGCUCAAUGCACCGUCUCAACUACUUGACGCUCUUUCUAAAGGGGAGGACGCCUUGCUUGUUUUUGAAAAAUUGUGGGAAGUGCUCGGAGCUGAACUUCCCCAACUCGUUCAGGCCACUCCUCACGACAACGAGAUCUCCCAUUAUGCAUACUCCACCGCUUCCCAGAUCUCAACGCUAGUAGAGUCUAUAUCGGCUUUAAACCAUAACUCUGAUUGUAUCACAAUAUCCCUGUUGUCUGAAGCCCAGUGUGCUCUACGACAAUUCACCCUCGAUGAGGCGUGCGCUCAGGAGCCUUCGCAGAUGAGCCACCGUAACUCAUCGGCGCUUUCUCCCCUGAGCUCUGUUUCACCUCCACCGUACGUUGAACCAGCCUACAGUUGGCUCAUGGACAAUCUCCAUAACCCAUAUCCGCCCCUCCACGUAAAAAAGGCACUGGCUGCACGCACGGACAUGUCCGUGCGUGACAUCAGUAAAUGGUUCAAGGAAGUUCGUCGUUCCAUCGGCUGGGUGGAUAUUUGCAUUACGUACUUCCAGGGGUCUCGUCCACUAGCCAUCGAGGCGGCGACGCAGGUGUUAAUUGAAGAACAUCUCAAUCGGUCGCCUUCCAUGGAGGUGCAAGUCGAAUUUUUGUCUUUGCAAGGCAGGGCAUCGUGCCUGUACUUUAACAAUGAUGGUGAGGCCCAGCUGUCGCACAGUUCGAAUCCUAGUUCUCGACGAUCCUCAAUGACGCCAGCACUGGAAUCAUGUCGAGAGUCUUCACCGGAACGAAGCGAACUGGCGAACACUCCCGUCCUUGGCGGUACGAACUCAACGCCCCCUUUGUGCAAGUCCAACGGUGUGGUAGAUCAGCCAGAGUGGCAAGUAAGGUGCGCUGAAAACUGCGCACGGUCUUACCAUUUACUCACAGCUGUAAUUAGGAACCAUAUUACGGCUGAUAUCCUCCCUGGAUGUACUCCCGAUACUCUAUCAUUAGCAGAUGUGCCUGGAGUAUCGUCCCCUCCAUGCUCAUCUGAGUCUAAGACUGUCUCAGACAUGCCAUCGUUUGUGCCCGAAGCCACAGGUAUUCGCUCAAGAAAGCGACGUCUUUCAGAUGCCGGUGUCCAACCUCCAGUCAAGCGCACCCGCGGAUUGCCAGUUCGACCCCGCUUACAGGCUGUGUCCGACCCUCUUCCAAGAAGCAUGGCUUUAGACGUGGAGUGUUUGACUCCAGAAUGGAUCGCAGGUUUCUCUGUGGCGCCAGUUGCUGAAAUAGUUUCCCAUCCCGACUCCUCUGAUCCUGUCAUUAUGCAAGCCAGGACUUCGGAUGCUUCAGCUUAUGAGAAUGCCACACCCGAGAUGAGUAAGCCUACCGCCUUUUUCUCAAUGUUCUUGUUUUCUCAUGUCUAUGUAGAAGAAUUUAUCCACGCUAUGGUCCACUCUUCCACGGAAUCGGCUACGACGCCCAUUCCUCUCGUAUCAUCCAUGGAGCAUAUGGAAUCACUGGAGGAGGAAUUAUUUGUCCCAGCCAUCGACAUACAUGCAUCCGAUACCUAUGCUAGAAAACUUGUGAUGUCCCCUCUGCAGUCACAGUCCGCUGACCUACCCCCGAAUUCUCAGCUUCCGCUCCCCUUGGAUGGAACACUCGUCCCAGACGAUCUUCUCAGAUCGUUUGCUUCAUCCCCGUCCUUCUCAGGAGGUUCAUCCGCUGCUUCCUCUACUCCCCCAAUGACGCCAUCCCUUCCGACGCCAGCUGAUGCCACAUCAUCAUGUAUUUCGUCAUCCAAUUUGGAUGCGCCAGACUUUAGGGAGCCUCUUGCUCAGACCCACGCAGAUCCAAACAUCUUCGACUGCAAUCCUGAGGUCGAUUCAACUUUUAGUGAAUAUAUCGACUGGAACGUCUACGGAGAGGAUGACGCAUUGCCGCAAACUCCCUCAAAGCAAAAGGCUUCGUCAACCUUUCACAUCACCUACCCACUCCAUGUUUGCGACCGGAAUCCUUAUCCAUGGCUCAACCGCUUUAGAGGUGCGACUGGUUUCGCGCCUCAGUUCUUAGCAAUCACUGCGUACGCUUAUUCUGACUGAUUUCACAACAUCUCACUGACUUGCAACCUCUUUGCAGGUGAUACGAGUUUCGAUUCGUCAUUAUGCUCUAUAUACCACUCACAUUCUAUACCCGCAGUUGUACAGACCAGCAAAAACCUACCAUAUGUUGCACUCGCCAUAAUCUUUUGUAGAUAGUUGCAUGGAAUAUCGUUUGUAUCUUUUAGUAGCCUCUCAUUCGCCUCCAUUAUAUUGCUUCGUUGUACUUAAUCCCUUGAGGGCUCUCGUAAUUUAUUCAGUACUUUAUGUUUCAUAUUUUUCGCUUUUCUCUGUUGUAUAGCUCUAUUUGAAGAGCACCUUUUUUUGGUCUCCCUCAAUUUGUUUGCUGUACUUUGUACUUCGGGUUUCGAAUUUCGAACACAAACAUCGCUUCGACGCUCUCGCGCUCUCACAGUCUCUGAAAUUUUCGCCGGGUCUGAUCCAGCGAU